AUGGACAGCGAGGCGUUCCAGAGCUCGGGGGACCUCCUGGACCUGAACUUCCAGUCUCUGGCCAUGAAGCACAUGGACCUGAAGCAGAUGGAGCUGGACACCGCGGCGGCCAAGGUGGACGAACUGACCAAGCAGCUGGAGUCGCUGUGGUCAGACUCGCCGACGCCACCGGGCUCCCAGGCCGGAGCCCCCGCGAGGCUGCCCCGGUACAGCUCCAGCCCGGUCCCAGAGCCCUUCGGCAGCCGCGGGUCCCCCCGGAAGGCGCCCGGCGACGGCGCGGACUCCCCGUUCGGACGCUCGGAGAGCGCCCCGGCCCUGCUCCCCUACAGCUCGCUGUCCCCCAAGGGCCGGCCGUCGUCGCCGCGCACCUCGCUCUACCUGCAGCCCGACGCCUACGGCGGCCUGGACCGCGCGCCCUCGCCCCGGCCCCGCGCCUACGACGGCGGCGCCGGCGGCUCCCUGGGCCGUGCGCCGUCCCCGCGGCCCGGCUCCGGCCCGCUCCGCCAGCAGGGCGCCCCGACGCCCUUCGACCUGCUGGCCCGCGCCAGCUCCCCGCGCGGCAGCCCCCUGGCCGAGGGCCCGCAGGCCUUCUUCCCGGAGCGCGGGCCCUCGCCGCGCCCCGCCGCUUACGACGCCCCGGCCGCCUUCGGGCUCCCCCUGCUGGGCGCGAGCGGCAGCGCCUUCGCCCCGCCGCUGCGAGCGCAAGACGACCUGAUGCUGCGCCGGCGGCCGCCCAAAGCCUGGAACGAGUCGGACCUGGACGUGGCGUACGAGAAGAAGUCUUCGCACGCCGUUAGCUACGAACGCCUGGACGCCUUCGGGAGGCCCUCCUCCCCGGGCCUGCAGCUGUUACCCUGGAGGGAGAGCAGCCUGGACGGGCUGGGGGCCGCCGGCAAGGACAACCUCACCAGCGCCACCCUGCCCCGAAAUUACAAGGUCUCCCCUCUGGCCAAUGACAGGCGCUCUGACGUGGGCAGCUACCGCCGGUCGCUGGGCUCCGCGGGGCCAUCGGGCACUUUGCCCCGAAGCUGGCAGCCCGUCAGCCGCAUCCCCAUGCCUCCUUCCAACCCCCAGCCCCGGGGCGCCCCCCGCCAGCGCCCCAUCCCCCUCAGCAUGAUCUUUAAGCUGCAGAACGCCUUCUGGGAGCACGGGGCCAGCAGAGCCAUGUUCCCUGGCUCCCCCAUCUUCUCCCGACCUCCGCAGCCCAAGCUGCCUCCCCAGCCCCAAGUACCUCCCCAGCCCCAGCUGCUACCCCAGACCCAGCCACAGCCACAGCCACAGCCACAGCCCCAGGUGCCCCCACAGCCCCAGUCACAGCCACAAUCCCAGCCUGGGCUUCAGCUCCAACACCCCGCCCCAAUGCCCCAGUUCCCCCAACAGACUUGGAGUGAAGGCACCCCCAAAGCCCCUGCUGAGCUGGAGCCCGAACCAGAGCUGGAGGGGCUUCUGGCUCCGGUUCUGGAGGCCGGUGACGCAGAUGAAGGCCCUGUAACUCGGCCCCUCAGCCCCACGCGGCUGCAGCCAGCGCUGCCCCCCGAGGCACAGUCGGUGCCAGAGCUGGAGGAGGUGGCGCGGGUGCUGGCGGAGAUUCCUCGUCCCCUCAAACGAAGGGGUUCCAUGGAACAGAGCCCCGCUGUAGCCCUGCCCCCCACCCACAAGAAGCAGUACCAGCAGAUCAUCAGCCGCCUCUUCCAUCGUCAUGGGGGGCCUGGGGGCCCUGAGCCUGAGCUGUCCGCCAUCUCUGAGGGAUCUGAGGCCAGGGCAGGCCCCCCUGCUCCUGCCCCACCAGCUCCCCUACCGCCUCCGGCCCCGCCCCAGAGCAGCCCACCAGAGCAGCUGCAGAGCAUGGAGAUGCGCUCGGUGCUGCGGAAGGCAGGCUCUCCGCGCAAGGCCCGCCGCGCGCGGCUCAACCCGCUGGUGCUGCUGCUGGACGCGGCGCUGACCGGGGAGCUGGACGUGGUGCAGCAGGCGGUGAAGGAGAUGAACGACCCGAGCCAGCCCAACGAGGAGGGCAUCACGGCCCUGCACAACGCCAUCUGCGGCGCCAACUACCCCAUCGUGGACUUUCUCAUCGCGGCCGGCGCCAACGUCAACUCCCCCGACAGCCACGGCUGGACCCCGCUGCACUGCGCCGCCUCCUGCAACGACACGGCCAUCUGCACGGCGCUGGUGCAGCACGGCGCGGCCAUCUUCGCCACCACGCUCAGCGACGGCGCCACCGCCAUCGAGAAGUGCGACCCCUACCGGGAGGGCUACGCCGACUGCGCCACGUACCUGGCAGACGUGGAGCAGAGCAUGGGGCUGAUGCACAACGGCAUGGUGUACGCGCUCUGGGACUACAGCGCCGAGUUCGGGGACGAGCUGUCCUUCCGCGAGGGCGAGUCGGUGACGGUGCUGCGCAGGGACGGCCCGGAGGAGACAGACUGGUGGUGGGCCGCGCUGCACGGCCAGGAGGGCUACGUGCCCCGCAACUACUUCGGGCUCUUCCCCAGGGUGAAGGCUCAGAGGAGUAAGGUGUAG